AUGAGUGGAAAGAUCAUCUUCUUCGAGGAGAGGAACUUCCAGGGCCGCUCGUAUGAAUGCCUCAGCGACUGCUCUGAGAUCGCCUCUCACCUGAGUCGAUGCAGCUCCUGCAGGGUGGAGAGUGGGACUUUCAUGGUCUAUGACCAGCCCAACUACACUGGGUUGCAGUACCUCCUGACCACGGGAGAGUAUCCCGAGUAUCAGAACACCAUCGGCUUCAAUGACUGCAUUCAGUCCUGCCGCAUUGUCCCUGUGCACAAGGGACCCUUUAAGUUGAGGAUCUACGAGAGACCAAACUUCGAAGGCCAGAUGCAUGAACUGACUAAUGACUGUGACUCCAUCCAGGAUCAUUAUCACAUGUCUGACAUGCAGUCCUGCAACGUGAUGGAAGGCUACUGGCUGAUGUUCGAGCAGCCAAACUUCGAGGGCAGGAUGUUUUACCUGAGGCCAGGAGAGUACAGGAACCUCAGAGAGAUGAGCAGUGAUGACCUGAGGUUCAACUCAAUCAGACGCAUCACAGAAUCUUAA